CGCCCAGGCCAAGUCGGUGUCGGGCCCGAGACCGAAAGGUCACUAGUAGAGGCUAGAGUGUGCCGUGGGGUUGACCUAUCACCUCCAACGCGAGAUACGUGCUCAGCUCGCAGCCGCGAACGUCAAGUGCAAGUCCGUGAACGCACACCCAGGAGUCCGCGAUCUGGUGAACUGGUGAACUGUGAACUCGACGGUCAUGAGUGCGUGAGUGACGUGGAACCGCCGACGUCGCCAUGGCUCUGGUGGCCAGCUCCUGGCGCGAGUCCUCGCUUGUGAACCCCAUUCCCACCAGCUUGAACUCGCUGCCCAACGGCCUCAACCCGCUCCCGCCGACCGCCAACCUGACCGCGCUGCCCGCCAACAUCAACCCCAUCACGCUGGAAAACCCAGAUCUUGCGCUUGUUAACCGGCAAACUCCCUCGCAGAACUCCCAGAACAGCGCCACCAGUGCCGACAAGAACCAGAACAUCGAGUGCGUUGUUUGCGGGGAUAAAAGCUCGGGGAAGCACUACGGACAAUUCACGUGUGAAGGUUGCAAGUCAUUUUUCAAGAGGAGUGUUCGAAGGAAUCUAACAUAUUCGUGUCGAGGAAGCAGGAAUUGCCCUAUCGACCAACACCACAGGAAUCAAUGUCAAUAUUGUCGCUUAAAAAAAUGCAUGAAGAUGGGAAUGAGGAGAGAAGGAAAGAUCGAUUUCUGGUCGACAUCUUCAGGGCAACGUCGUCGGCCGAGAGCGACCGUCCAGCGAGGUCGAGUGCCCCCAUCUCAGCCAGCUCUUCCAGGUUUACCAAAUCAAUUUCUCAACUCCACUGAUUCAGUAACCUCCUCUCUAAGUAACCACACUUACCUUAGUAGUUACAUUUCGUUAUUACUAAGGGCAGAGCCUUACCCCACAAGUCGGUAUGGCCAAUGCAUACAAGCUAAUAAUAUCAUGGGUAUCGACAAUAUCUGCGAAUUGGCAGCGCGUCUCCUUUUUUCGGCAGUCGAAUGGGCCAGAAAUAUUCCAUUUUUUCCCGACUUACAAGUCACAGAUCAGGUUGCGUUACUUCGAUUAGUAUGGUCAGAACUGUUUGUUUUAAAUGCUAGUCAGUGUUCUAUGCCACUUCAUGUGGCACCACUGAUAGCAGCAGCCGGUUUACAUGCAUCACCCAUGUGUGCAGACCGAGUUGUUCAAUUUAUGGAUCACAUUAGGAUAUUUCAGGAACAAGUAGAAAAAUUAAAAGCGCUUCAUGUCGAUUCAGCUGAAUAUUCAUGCCUUAAAGCUAUAGUCCUAUUUACGACUGAUGCCUGUGGUUUGAGUGACGUGGCCCACAUCGAGUCCAUCCAGGAGAAAUCUCAAUGCGCUCUGGAGGAGUAUUGUCGAUCGCAAUACCCCAACCAACCAACGAGAUUCGGCAAGUUACUCCUGCGACUCCCCAGUUUACGGACAGUCAGUUCUGCGGUUAUAGAACAGUUGUUUUUUGUAAGGUUGGUAGGAAAAACUCCUAUUGAGACCUUGAUAAGAGACAUGUUACUCUCUGGAAGCUCGUUUUCGUGGCCGUACAUGUGAUACUUGAAACUAUACUAGGUGUACUAGUCAACAGUCGUACGUAGGUAUAUUUUUUGGAAGCGGCUCAACACAAAGACUUCCUAGUGAUAACCUAUGAUAAGUGUUUCCGGUGGCAGUGAUACUCCACGAUAUUUCUUUCAAGGGACAAUGCUGAUCACUGAUCACUUGAUCAGGCAAUAAGCGAAUCACAUAUCAAAGAAGUAAUCAACCUGAUAUCACAUUGCCAAAAAACUGAGUUAAUGCUCGGAUCAAUACAUGUUCCUUUUUAUAUAACGAAUCAGUUAAAGUGGAAAUAUAAUUACUUUACCACGUAUAUAAAUGUGUAUUAGUAAUACAGGGUGAUUCUUUUAGGGCCUACAUUAGAAAAUUUUUAACUUCCAAUGUAGUUAUGGCUUUGAAAUUUUGUAUACGAUCCAAAUCGACAAUUUUGAGCUCAACUGAAUUAUUUUCAAAUUCAGUUGAACUCAGAAUGGCCGAUUUGGAUCGUAAACAAAAUUUCAAAGCUCUAGCUGCAUUAGAAGAAUCAGCCUGUAUAUUUUACUGGAAUUUGUAUCAUAUGUAAAUACGUAGGUUUUCUCAUGAGAGCGUUAUUAUUGUUUUGAUUUCCCCAAUUUAGUCAGUGUUCACAUUUGUUUUUUAUGGUUUAAGUAGUUGUUUGUUAUUAGUUGUUAUCACGAUUGUUGUUAUGACUUUUCACUUAUUUUUUAUAUUUAUCUUCUCUUAAUACGAUAGAUGGCCAGUUUUUGUAAAGUAUUUUACUUAAUUCAAAAAAUUCGUACUUAGACUGUCAAUCUUAAACAAAUCAAAAGAUCAAAAGCCAUACGUUGAUUUAAGUUAAGUUUCUAAAUAUAACUGUCUCCUGUUUUAGUUCCCCAAAUAGAAUAGUUUUUAGUGCAAUUUUACUUUUUAAAUACAAAUGUUUUACUCACUUAUUUAUUGAUAUUUCUUAUAAAACGUUAUGUUUAUAGUCCUAGAAAUAUAAAAAACGUGAAUUAGAAUAUAUUUGGCUUUCAACAAAGGCCAGUGCCAAUAUCGAUUAUUAGUCGAUUUUAAUCAUAGUACAUUUAUUCGGGAUUUCUUUAUGUUUGUAAGAAACCGUGUAUAUAAUGAAUAGUAAAAUAAAUAUGACUGUAUUUAUA